GUGACAUCGUCAUCAACGAUGGCGACUUUCUGAACUUCCCGAAAUUCUCAUCUCUCAGUGCGUAAGCGGUGGCCGUUUAUGAAAUCGUGAAAUAAUUAAAUCAAGUAGCGUUUCCCGAAAGUCAUUUUAAGCCCACGGCCGAACGAGACACGCGAAAGAAGCAAGCAUCAUGCCGAAGAAGAAAACAGGUCAGAGAAAGAAGGCCGAAAAGCAGAAACUGCGCCAGAAAGCGAUACGGGACAGCGCUGGACGUGUCAAUCUGGGCGAACAUCCUUGCAAUGCUGUCAUGGAGUGCGACAAGUGUGCACGAAAACAGAAGAACAGGGCAUUCUGCUAUUUCUGCUCGGCCCUACAGCGUCUGCCGGUCUGCGCCAAGUGUGGUAAAAUGAAGUGCAUGAUGAAGUCCGGUGACUGCGUUGUCAAGCACCCUGGGCAGUUCACCACGGGACUCAGCAUGGUGGGUGCCAUCUGCGACUACUGCGAGGCCUGGGUGUGCCACGGAAGGCAGUGCCUGACGUCCCACGCCUGCACGUGUCCACUACAAGACGCCACGUGCAUCGAGUGCGAGCGCUACGUCUGGGAACACGGUGGCCGCAUCUUCAAGUGCUCCUUCUGCAACAACUUCCUGUGCGAGGACGACCAAUUUGAGCACCAGGCCAGCUGUCAGAUCCUGGAGGCUGAGACGUUGAAGUGUAUGUCCUGUAACAGGCUUGGCCACCACUCUUGUCUACGCUGUAAGACUUGCUACUGCGACGACCACGUAAAGAGAAAAGGCUUCAAGUAUGAGCGCAAUCAACCGGUGCCCUGCCCCAAGUGUGGCUUCGAGACUCAACAGACCAAGGACCUUAGCAUGUCGACCCGGCAUCACAGUUACGGCAGGCAGGCCAUGUCGUCUGGCAGGGACGAUGACGAAGACGACGGCUACGACUAUGGCGGCGCUGGUUACUACGGCUCAGGUGGGGGAGGGGGCGAUCUUGACGACGAGGACGACGACGACGAUGAGGAUGAUGACGAUGAUGACGACGACGAAGAUGAGGAGUCUGAUGAAGAUGAGAGCAGCGAUGAGAAGGAGGGGGGCAAAGAAGACAAGGAGGAGGGAAAGGAAGGCAAGGAGUGAGAGAUGGAGACUUCUAGUUUGUUGCAAACGCAAAUAUAGAUACUUGAAUUUUCAUCUUGCAAA